AUGGUCAAGGCAACCAGACCCCCAGCCAACGGCUUCGUAGCCAUGAUGCGCCGCCUCUAUAAUCCUCUAGGCUUCUCCAAAGGCUACAACUUCAUCUUCUGGUUCAUCAGCAUGGGCUACCUCUUCGGAUUCACCCUUGCACGUCUCCAGUACCUCUCCUUCUACGGCGUCUUCUGCUCGCCCACUGCAUCCGGAGGCACAGGUGCAGCUCCAGGAGAAUGCUUCUACUACCUCCGGAACCCGUUCAAGAUCGGCAUGAUGCUCCACCUGUUCUGCAUCCUUCCUGCCGCCGUACUGGUGGUGCUACAGUUCAUCCCGGCCAUCAGGCACAAAGCGAUCCUGUUCCAUCGUCUCAAUGGCUAUGCCGUGAUCACACUGUCUCUCAUUGCCAAUGCCGGUGCACUCAUUGUUCUUGAACACGCCUUUGGUGGCGACUUCACGACAAGAGUCUGGGGAGGGACGCUAGUCAUUUCCACCACGGUAUCAUAUAUUAUGGCAUACAUCAACAUCAAGCUGCUCCAAAUCGACCAACACCGAGCAUGGAUGAUGCGAGCCUGGGCUUACUUCUCCACCAUCAUCACGAUCCGCCUGAUAAUGAUCAUCUCCGUCAACAUCUUCAGCAGCAUGCACACCUUCUUCGCCGUCUACCCGUGCGAGCAGAUAAACUUCGUGAUGGGAGAAAAGGGAACCCUCAAGUUCUACCCGGGCUGCACACCCUACUACGACGGCAGCGUAAAGGACCAACGGGUAAUAGUGACGCCCAACUUCAACGGCGCAGAUCCGAUGGAGGUUGCUGCUGCUUUGGGCGUCGCCUUCGGUACAGCAGGAUGGUUGGCCUUCGUGAUCCAUGCCAUCAUCGUCGAACUCUACCUCCGUCUCACACCUGCCGAAUCCGAACGUCUGCGUCAAGUGUCGUACGAGCGACAACUAGCUCGCGGCUUCAAGCGUCCUGGCUACGCUGGUCUGGUAGCGGAGCGCUUCGGUGACGCUAAUCCUUUUGUGCUGGCGUCGACGGUGGAGGAGAGAGAGCUUUCGGACGAUAGCGGGCAUUUCGCCCUACCAGAUCCUAAGACUGGUGUGCAUGCGGCGUAA